CGGCGGCGAGCCCAGGCGGCGGCGGCGGCGGUGGGGAGGAGGCGGCGGAGGCGAGCGAGCGGCCCCGGCGUGCGGAAUCACUCGAGGCCCAGGCGGAGCGGAGCGAGGGGAUCGCGGCUCCCCGUGAAGAAUGUCAGCCACCAGCGUCGACCAGAGACCUAAAGGACAGGGAAAUAAAGUUUCAGUACAAAACGGUUCGAUUCAUCAAAAGGAUGCAGUAAAUGAUGAUGAUUUUGAGCCAUAUCUAAGUAGUCAGACAAAUCAGAGUAACAGCUAUCCACCAAUGUCAGACCCAUAUAUGCCUAGCUAUUAUGCUCCAUCCAUUGGAUUUCCAUACUCUUUAGGUGAAGCAGCAUGGUCAACUGCAGGUGACCCUCCAAUGCCAUAUUUGACUACUUAUGGACAGAUGAGCAAUGGUGAACACCAUUACAUACCCGAUGGUGUAUUUAGUCAACCUGGGGCAUUAGGAAAUACCCCUCCAUUUCUUGGGCAGCAUGGAUUUAAUUUUUUUCCUGGGAAUGCAGACUUCUCUACAUGGGGGACAAGUGGAUCUCAGGGACAAUCAACGCAAAGCUCUGCUUACAGCAGCAGCUAUGGCUAUCCACCUAGUUCUCUUGGGAGAGCCAUAGCAGAUGGACAGGCUGGAUUUGGCAGUGAUACUCUCAGCAAGGUGCCUGGGAUUAGCAGCAUUGAGCAAGGCAUGACUGGACUGAAAAUUGGUGGAGAUAUGACGGCUGCUGUAACAAAAACUGUAGGUUCAGCUCUGAGCAGUACAGGUAUGACAAGCAUUGCAGCUAACAGCGUGCCCCCAGUUAGCAGUUCAGCACCUAAACCAACCUCAUGGGCUGCAAUUGCAAGGAAACCUGCUAAACCUCAGCCGAAACUCAAGCCUAAAGGUAACGUGGGCAUUGGGGGCCCUGCUGUACCGCCGCCACCUAUAAAACACAACAUGAAUAUUGGAACUUGGGAUGACAAAGGGUCAGUGGUAAAAGCACCCCCAGCUCAACCAGUACUGCCUCCUCAGACUAUAAUCCAGCAGCCUCAGCCAUUAAUUCAACCACCACCAUUGGUGCAAAGCCAACUGCCUCAACAGCAGCCUCAGCCACAGCAACCACAACAGCAACAAGGACCUCAGCAGCAGGCCCAGCCUCACCAGUUGCAGCAGCAACAGCUGCAAAACCGCUGGGUAGCUCCUCGUAAUAGGGGUGUGGGCUUCAGCCAGAACAAUGGAGCUGGUAGUGAGAACUUUGGUUUAGGUGUUGUAUCCGUCAGCUCCUCACCUUCUGGUGUGGAAGUGCACCCAGUGCUGGAGAAACUAAAGGCCAUAAACAACUACAAUCCCAAAGACUUCGAUUGGAAUCUGAAGAAUGGACGUGUGUUUAUAAUCAAAAGUUAUUCAGAGGACGAUAUUCAUCGCUCCAUUAAGUACUCUAUCUGGUGUAGUACUGAGCAUGGGAAUAAGCGCUUGGAUGCUGCUUACCGGUCCCUGAAUGGAAAAGGCCCACUCUAUUUACUCUUCAGUGUGAAUGGCAGUGGACACUUUUGUGGAGUGGCUGAGAUGAAGUCUGUUGUGGACUACAAUGCAUAUGCUGGUGUCUGGUCUCAGGAUAAGUGGAAGGGGAAGUUUGAUGUCAAAUGGAUCUUUGUCAAAGACGUUCCCAAUAACCAACUGCGACACAUUCGCUUGGAAAACAAUGACAACAAACCGGUUACCAAUUCGAGGGACACUCAAGAGGUACCCCUAGAAAAAGCCAAGCAAGUGCUUAAAAUAAUUGCUACUUUCAAGCAUACCACCUCAAUCUUUGAUGACUUUGCACAUUAUGAGAAGCGUCAAGAGGAGGAGGAAGCCAUGCGUAGGGAGAGAAAUAGAAACAAACAAUAACUAUAUGGAGAUGUCCUGCUAGAAUACAACACUAAUGAUGUAGACUCUGGAAAUGCCUAAUAUGUCUAAGAAGACGUUAUUAAAGCUUUUUUCUGCUUAAGGUGACAUCUUUGAACACUUUAACACGAAAUUGACUCUUCUUGUAAUGGUUCUCAUCAGUGCAUCUGCCCUUAUACUCUCUCACCAAACACACUUGAGAACUGUACCUUCGUCAAGCACUUUCUGUCCUGAAGCUUUUACCAGUAUCUGCUGUCUUUUGUAUUUAUGCAUCCUAGCUAAGGCACAGGAGACCGAACGAAUGCAAGGAUUCAUUAACUCUUUGAAUUUGUUAAAUACUAACAUUUAACCAUUAGAAGUGGUUCAAUGAUGUGAGAUUCACAUUGCUUCAACUUAAUUUUUUUCUUUGUUGUAGUUUUUUUAAUUGUCAGUUUUUAGCUAUUCAACAGAUUAAAAGCAAAUCAUGCCAUAUUUAGUCCUGGAGUAAAACUCAAGUCUAAAUGUUCAUGUGAAAAUUAUUGUAGUAAUCUUUUAAUAUGGCAGAGCAACUUUAAGCUGCAGUUUAGCCAAAUGAAUCGUAACAUGAAAUUAUAAUAGAAUGACAUUUCCCUUGUUUCAAACUGUUUGGUGUAAGAGAAUAUUAAUAUGCAGCUUGGUGGACACCACCAGUUAAUGCACAUUUCUUUAUUUUUUUUUCUGUAACAUGUAUACUGAAAAAAGUGCAUUUGUCUGAGGAACUGUUUGUUUGCUACCACUCAAUGAAUCUCAGUUUUGAGUAAAUGUACCUCAGUCUAAAUCAGACUUUUUAUGACCUUUAUAACUACAUUUAAAAUAAUCUUUAAUUCCUAUUUCUGGGUGUUUGCAAGCCUGACAGAUUGCUAUCAUGAAAGUGAAAAUUUACUCCUCUAGGUGAUUCACUAGCUAAAUAAACAUAAUUCUUGUUUAGCAAGCAUA